AUGACGACGGCACUUCCUCAGGGCUUUUCUUCCAUUUCAUCGUCUUCAUCCUCCUCCUCCACCGUCAUCCCCUCGCACAUUAACACCAGCACACUGAACAGCCUUGGCGACAGCGGCGGCUUCGUCCUGGACAUUCCUUCGCCUGGCAGCAGCGGCGGCGGCGGCAGCCGUGGUGAUCUGAGGUCGCCGACAGCAGGUAUCAAAUCGCAGCGCACUCCAAGCUUCGGCCGUGACGGCAUCCUUGGCUCUGCCCAAAAAGCACGCAACAUGUCGACACAAUCAUCAGGGUCAGACACAAUUCUGGGUGGCGGCAACAACAACAGCGGCAACAACAGCAGCAUUGCCAACAAUAGCAACAGCAAAUCAACCGGAGCUGGAUCGGUCGACGUCAAGCCCAACGGCGCCGCUCUGAUGGCCAACGAUCCUAGCGACGACGGCAUCAACCCGCUGAAACGGCGCAACACAGAAACUGGCGGCGGCGUCGACUACCCACGACGGCGAGCGACGAUUGCGUGUGAGGUUUGUCGUUCGCGCAAGUCGCGGUGCGAUGGCACCAAGCCAAAAUGCAAACUCUGCACAGAGCUCGGCGCCGACUGCAUCUACAGAGAGCCCGGCAUCAAGCUCGAUGCCGGCGACAAAUUGAUCCUCGAGCGCUUGAACCGCAUCGAGGGCCUUCUGCAGAUGAACCUGGCCGCCGGCCACAGCAAUGGACUUUCUCUCGCUGCAGCGGCUGCGCAACACUCGCAGGACUCUCCGUCCAGUCUCAGCAAUGGCGGGGCAGUGGGCGGUGGCAGUAGCAGUGUUGGCGCAAACGGUGGUCUGGGCAGCCUGGGCGGCACAGGCGGGGCCCCAGACGGCGGAACCAACAUGUGGUCUGAGGCGACGGCUGCUGCGGCCGCUGCAGCGGCCGCCAGCGGCUUUGUAUCGGUCAUCCCCGCCGGCGGCAUCGGCACUUGGACGAGCGCAACCAACAUCUCGACCAUGCCGAAAGUGCACACCAACGCAGCCUUGCAUCUGCUGCAGUGGCCCUUGAUUCGGGAUCUCGUAUCACGGCCCUACGACCCGCAAAUCAUGUUGCAGCUCGAGAUGGCACGCCAGCCUCUGCACUCGCUCACCAAGACGCCCUGCGUUGAUUUGUCAAACACCGCUGCCUAUAUCGAGGCCUACUUUGAGCGCGUCAAUAUGUGGUAUGCCUGCGUCAACCCCUACACGUGGCGUAGCCACUACCGCAGUGCCCUCUCCAACGGCUUCCGAGAGGGCCCCGAGAGCUGCAUCGUACUACUGGUUCUGUCACUUGGUGAAGCCAGCCUGCGCGGCAGCAUCUCGCGCAUUGUGCCACACGAGGACCCGCCUGGGCUGCAGUAUUUCACGGCCGCCUGGGCUCUUCUUCCUGGCAUGAUGACAUCCAACAGCGUGCUGGCCGCACAAUGCCAUCUACUGGCUGCAGCCUACCUAUUCUAUCUUGUGCGGCCGCUGGAGGCCUGGAACUUGCUCUGCACAACGAGCACCAAGCUGCAACUGCUGCUCAUGUCGCCGAACCGCGUGCCGCCCGAGCAGCGCGAGCUCACCGAGCGCAUCUACUGGAACGCACUGCUGUUUGAAAGCGACCUGCUAGCCGAGAUGGACCUGCCGCACUCGGGUGUGGUGCAGUUUGAGGAGAACGUCGGCUUGCCGUGCGGCUUUGAAGGCGACGAGCAACAGGCCGUCGGCCGGGACGAUCUCUGGUACUUUUUGGCCGAGAUUGCUCUUCGGCGUCUCCUCAACCGUGUCAGCCAGCUGAUUUACUCAAAAGACUCCAUGGCCUCGACCACCAGUCUCGAGCCCGUCGUCGCCGAGCUCGAUUACCAGCUGACGCAAUGGUACGAGAGCCUGCCCAGCCCGCUGCAGUUCCCCUUUACGCGCACAAUACUUGCCGAUCCGGUGCAGACCGUCCUGCGCCUGCGCUUCUUUGCCUGUCGCACCAUCAUCUACCGUCCUUACAUUCUUGCCGUCCUCGACAACGAGCAGGCCGUUCUUGACCCAGCCGUGCGCGGCGCUUGCCAUAAGUGUCUCGAAGCGUCGGUGCGCCAGCUCGAGCACAUCUCCGCCCACCACGCGGGCCACAUGCCGUACCUGUGGCAGGGUGCACUCUCAAUUGUGUCUCAGACACUGCUCGUCAUGGGCGCAUCCAUGUCGCCCUCACUCUCCAACAUACUACUCACCAUUGUGCCGCACCGCGACGUCCUUGACCAAAUCAUUACCGACGUCGUCGUCGAGAUUGAGCGGUACGCAGGCCUGGCGCCCAGCUUGGCUCUGGCGGCCGAGAUCAUUCGCGAGGCUGAGGUGCGCCGGCGGGCCUUCCUGAGCGGGUGA